AUGCAUCUUCAAUUCCCUUCAGUUCCGAGCACAGAGAAUUUCUCAAAUAAUAUGCCACAUACAAUGCCCUCAGCAUUACACAAGCACGCAGCACCCCCCAAGCCAGGCCGCAUUUUCCCCUUCCUCCAUCUCCCCGCCGAACUCCGCAUCGCCAUCUACGAAGCCGCUCUCAUCGCACCCUGCGAAGUCAACGCAUCCUUCCACGUCCGCUACUCCCCCAUCCAAGGCGCCGCUCUCCUGCGAACCUGCAAGCAAAUCUAUCACGAGGCGCGCGCCAUACUCUACGAAAAGAACACAUUCCGCAUCGACGACUUCCGGCCACAUCUAGCGAACCAAUGCGGGGGCGGAUCCCAACACGCGACCGAGUGGCUGACGCGCAUCGGCGCGCAGAACGCCAACCUGAUCAGGAAAGUUGCGACGGAGAUACGGGACCUAGCUUCAAUUCCGUGUUUGCUCUCUUUCUUUACUUUCUUGAAAGAGGUGUGCGCUGUUCCGGCGGUGGAGGAGUUGAGUGUGUGGAUAGAUCGAGCGAAUUGGGGUUUUAGUCUUGAGAAUGAGAGCGAGGCGGAGCUGGUGACGCAGCUGAAUGCAUUUGCGAGCUUGAAGAGGCUCGUUAUCGGGGGGGUGAUUCCGUCGUGGUGGCCGGAGCAUCUGCCGGGGAAGAUUCAGAAUGGCAGUGUGAAGCUUGAGUUUGCGCCUGCUGGCUCGCUGAUGUGGGUAGAGAGGCUGGCGGAUAAGGAGGAAAACUCUUGA